UACCUCCAUAACGCCUUCUCUCCUCACCUCUUAUUAAAAUUCUCCUUCGGCGACUUUACUGACUCUACCUUCCUGCUGUUAGCUCGCCAUCGCGCGCUUGGUAACAGGAGUGUAACAGGAGUGUUGGUAGGGUUUCUGCCAGUGACUCCGUCUGUGCGCGCGUUCCGGCAUAAGUUUAUAUAAUGGCUCCUUAUAAUGCGAGUCAUCUCCUACUGGAGGAGCCAAUCCGGUUGGCGUCCAUUCUCGAGUCCUCGUCCUACCAUAAAUCACUGCCAUGCCUGACCAAGAUCGUGGCGACCGUCGGUGGAACGAGUCAAAGCGUCGAGGUUCUCGAAGGGCUGCUCGAGGCCGGCAUGAACGUCGCGCGAUUCGACUUCUCGCAUGGAGACUCGGACUAUCACCAAACGACGCUCGACAACCUUCGCGCAGCCAUGCGCAAGACAAAGAAGCUCUGUGCGGUGAUGUUCGACACGAUGGGGCCGGAGAUCACGAUUCAGAACGCGACGGGUAACCCGAUUUCUCUCACGGCGGGUGACUCCAUCACGAUCACGCCCGGCCCGUCCGCGGCGAUCUCGUCGCAGCUGCUCCCAAUCAACUACAAGGACCUCGCCAAGGCAGUGAAGCCAGGCGACGAGAUCUUCGUGGGGCAGUACCUCUUCACCGGCAGUGAAACCACCUCCGUCUGGCUCGAGGUGCACGAGACCAAGGGCGCUGACGUCAUCUGCUUCGUCAAGAACAGCGCCACACUGGCUGGUGCUGUGUUCACCGCCCACGUCGCACAGGUGCGCAUAGACCUGCCGACGCUCACAGAGGAGGACAAGCGCCUGAUAGCAACGUGGGGGCAGCGCAACAGCAUCGACAUCAUCUCGCUCUCCUUCACACGCCACGCCGACGACGUCCGCCAGGCCAGAGCGCUGCUGUCGAAGCUGGGCGACCUCUCGCAGACGCAGAUCUACGCCAAGAUCGAGAACAUGGAGGGCUUGAAGCACUUUGACGAGAUUCUCCAGGAGGCGGACGGCAUCAUCCUCUCACGAGGCGACCUGGGCAUUGACCUCCCAGCAGAGAAGGUGUUUCUGUUUCAGAAGGCGGCCAUCUUCAAGUGCAACAUGGCGGGCAAGCCCUCCAUCAUCACACGUGUCGUCGACACCAUGACCGACACGCCACGCCCCACCAGAGCAGAGGCCACCGACGUCGCCAAUGCCGUGCUUGAUGGCACGCACACGGUGCUGCUGGGAGCGGAGACGCUGCGAGGGCUGUACCCCGUGGAGACUGUCAUGACUGUGCGCAAGAUCUGCGCUGAGGCGGAGAAGGUGUACAACCAGCAGCUCUACUUCAAGAAGACGGUCAAAUACGUGGGCGAGCCCAUGAGCCACAUCGAGUCCAUCUGCUCCUCUGCUGUGCGCGCAGCAGAGAAGGUGCGCGCGUCAACCAUCGUGGUGUUCACAUCGUCUGGCCGCACUGCCAGGCUGGUGGCCAAGUACAAGCCGACAAUGCCAACGCUGGUGGUGGUGGUGCCGCGCCUGAGCACGAAUCAGCUCAAGUGGAGCUUCACGGGCGCCUUCCAGGCCAGACAGUGCCUCGCCAUCCGAGGCCUCUUCCCCAUGCUCGCCGACCCACGCAACCCGUCGGCGAGCAACAUCACAACAAACGAGACGGUGCUGAAGAUGGCGAUGGAGAAGGGCAGGGAGAUGGGCCUCAUGCGUGCACACGACCGCGUGGUCGUGGUGCAAAAGCUCGGCGACUCAUUCGUGGUCAAGAUCCUGGAGAUUGGCACCUAGUUUUGAUGGCACAGCCUAGGUUUUGCUGCUGUGCCCUUGGCCUCCUCACCUCAUGCCUCGAUCUCCUGUAUUAGCAUUAUUAGACCUACUCUGAAUGAGGCAAGAGCUAUUGAAGUCACCGAUCCCCACGGGACUCCAGCAUCUUAGAUGCCGGUACCGUCCACGCAACUCUAUUGUACCAGUGGAAACGAAAGUUCAGAGGAUGGUGGUGGCUGCAGUGUAGCGUUGUACAGCACC